GGCUGCAGGGAUGCAGUAACCAAACCCUGCUGCAGCAAUUUCAAGCACCUUCAACACAGUCCCUAUUUAAGAUGUGAUGAAUCUUUAAACAUUUUGUAUCCCCCACCUUGCUGCAAGCGGAAGACGCCCCCUUUCCUUCACACUCCUAUUUCCUCGCUCUCUCCCAUGCUUCCUCCCUCCUGUGCUUUCUCCAUUCUGCCUCAACCUUGACUGGAUCGUCUGUUGGGAUGUCAGCAGUGGACAAUAGGCUGCACACGCCCUCCUAUUCUGUAGGAUGCUAAGACUGCAUUAGCCCCUCAAAUUCUGAUGAAGCAAUAAUGGGGGCUGCCUAAUUCUACACCCUUGCUACAGUUAAUUGGUGCCAGUGAGUGUGGCACCCUUGUUGAAUGUUGCUCACCAUGGCAAAGCGAGAGUCCAGCAGCAGCCCUGUGGUCCGGCAGAUUGACAAGCAGUUCCUAGUGUGCAGUAUUUGUCUAGACCACUACCACAACCCAAAAGUAUUGCCCUGCCUGCACACCUUCUGUGAAAAGUGUCUGCAGAACUACAUCCCCCCUCAGUCUUUGACACUGUCCUGCCCGGUGUGCCGACAGACCUCCAUCCUGCCUGAGAAGGGUGUGGCUGCCCUGCAGAACAACUUCUUCAUCACAAACCUAAUGGAGGUGCUGCAGCGUGACCCCGAGUGUGCUCGGCCUGAGGCCUGCAGUGUCCUGGAGUCUGUGAGCGCCGUCGCCGCGGGCAAACCACUGUGCUGCCCCAACCACGAGGGCAAGGUGAUGGAGUUUUACUGCGAGUCCUGUGAGACAGCAAUGUGUUUGGAAUGCACAGAGGGGGAGCACCGGGAGCAUGUGACUGUGCCGCUGCGAGACGUGCUGGAGCAGCACAAGGCAGCACUGAAGAACCAGCUUGAUGCCAUAUGCAACAGGCUACCCCAACUGACAGCCGCCAUCGAGCUGGUGAAUGAGAUCUCAAAGCAGCUGACAGAGCGCAAGAACGAGGCGGUGAGCGAGAUCAGCAGCACCUUUGAGGAGCUGGAGCGAGCACUGCACCUGCGCAAGAGCGCCCUCAUCAGCGACCUUGAGAAUAUCUGCAGCACCAAGCAGAAGGUUCUGCAGUCCCAGCUAGCAUCUCUCCUCCAGGGCCAGGAGAACAUCCAGAGCAGCUGCAGCUUCACCGAGCAAGCCCUGAGCCAUGGAAGUGCCACUGAGGUUCUGCUGGUGCGCAAGCAGAUGAGCGAGCGGGUGGGCUCCCUGGCACGGCAGGACUUCCCUGAAAGGCCACAUGAAAAUGACCACCUUGACUGCGUGGUGGAGACAGAGGGGCUUCGGCGCUCCAUUCAGAACCUGGGCGUGCUCAUCACCACCAGUGCAGUGGGCCACACCAGCGUGGCGACAGGAGAGGGCCUCCGGCAUACCCUGGUGGGGCACCAGACCUCCGUGACAAUAACCACUAAGGACAAGGAUGGGGAGCUGGUGAAGACGGGCAAUGCCAUCCUGCGUGCUGAGAUUACAGCACCUGACGGCAGCUACACAGAGGCAGAGGUGGUGGACAACAAGAAUGGCACCUAUGAAGUAAUCUACACGCUGAAGUCUGACGGUGAAUUCUCCCUCUCGCUGCUCCUCUAUAACCAGCCUGUGCGUGGCAGCCCCUUCCGUCUGCGCUCUGUCAAGGCAUCCGACGUGCCACAGUCCCCAGAUGAUGUGAAACGCCGCGUGAAGUCGCCCAGCGGGGGUGGACACGUCCGUCAGAAAGCUGUCCGGAGACCUUCCAGCAUGUACAGCACAGGCAAGAAGAAAGAGAACCCCAUCGAGGAUGAUAUGAUUUACAGAGUGGGCACACGAGGCAGGGAAAAGGGAGAGUUCACUAACCUGCAGGGGAUUUCUGCCUCAGGGAACGGGAGGAUUGUGGUCGCGGAUAGCAACAACCAGUGUAUCCAGGUGUUCUCAAAUGAUGGUCAGUUCAAACUUCGUUUUGGGGUUCGAGGGCGCUCUCCCGGCCAGCUCCAGCGCCCCACUGGUGUCACUGUUGAUAUGAACGGUGACAUCAUUGUGGCUGACUAUGACAACAGAUGGGUCAGCAUCUUCUCUUCCGAUGGCAAGUUUAAGAACAAAAUUGGAGCUGGACGUCUAAUGGGGCCAAAGGGUGUGGCUGUGGAUAGGAAUGGCCACAUCAUCGCUGUGGACAACAAGGCCUGCUGUGUCUUCAUCUUCCAGUCCAACGGCAAGCUGGUCACCAAGUUUGGGGCACGGGGCACAUCGGAUAGACAGUUUGCAGAAAAAUGUGGUGCAAACGUUGCACUGGAGCAAAAGCUUAGUAAAUCUGGCCCAGUGUUCAGCCCUCACUUUGUUGCUGUAAAUAACAAAAAUGAGAUUGUUGUGACAGACUUCCACAAUCACUCGGUCAAGGUGUACAGUGCAGAUGGAGAGUUCCUGUUUAAAUUUGGUUCUCAUGGAGAGGGAAAUGGGCAAUUUAAUGCUCCGACUGGGGUGGCAGUUGAUGCAAAUGGGAACAUCAUUGUAGCAGACUGGGGCAACAGCCGAAUACAGGUGUUCGACAGCGCCGGCUCAUUCUUGUCCUACAUUAACACCACAGCAGACCCCCUGUAUGGACCUCAGGGCCUGGCCCUUACCGCUGAUGGACAUGUGGUGGUGGCAGACUCCGGGAAUCACUGCUUCAAAGUCUACCGAUACUUGCAGUAACACAGGAGGCCAGUUGGUAUGUUUACAAACGAAACCAACAAACAAAUAUUUGCUGAAGACGGAAGAAAUGGACAGGGUGCAAUUUGUUUUUCUCAUCUACAAUCAAGAUUUGCAAAACUUGAGUUCACAUCAGACAAGAACAUACAUGACUACUAUUAGUGGGUUUUCUACUAACACUGUAAAGUUUAACAAAAUGAGGCAAAGGACUCACCAUUUUCUUGUUUUUAAAAACACACACACAAAUCUAAGAUGACAGUUAUGUCUUAUAUCAGGAGACUUAGAAGAUAAAGUAAAUCUUGGUUGUAUAUUCAAAGUUUUUACUUUUAGUGUGUGGAUAAAAACAGCAAAAAAACUUACUUAGCAAAACAAACUGAAGUGUUGCCCAGCAACAGUUUUUCCAAAUGCAUGAUGAUGACUCUUAGUGUAUCAGAUCAUCGGUUAGACAAGAGAGAGGAUCUGUUUAUUUGUGAGAGGGGGAGAGAAGCUGGCAAUUGCUCAUUGACAUAACCAAAAAUAAAAUUAAACAGGGAGCAUCAAUUUAUUUAAUUCCAUUAAUUUCAUAAAAAAAAAAAAAAAAAUUAAUAUGAGAAUGACAACAAGCCAGCCACUGCUAUUGUGUUUAUUCACAUUUGUUGUUGAUUUGUAUAUGUUUAUAAUUAUUUAACUGUUGACUGUAUAUUUAAAUAUAUAUACAAUGCAGAAGAGCAGCUAUUUUGGAUACAGAAACUUUAUUGCAGUACAACGCAGUAGUACUUAGCUAGUAUUGAUUAUUUUGCUGUACGGGUGUAUGAAUCAGAACGAAGUUCACCCCUCAAUAGCAUCCUGGUUAUAUUGGUUUACUCAUCAUGCAUUUUACCUGAUAUGUUCAACUCAGUGUCAGUGACGAUCAUUAAUUGUGAGGGGGUAAUGUUUUAAAAAAUGCUUAAAUAUGUGCUGUAAUCAAACUGAGGUGUGUGCUACCGCUGACAAACAGAUAAUAAGAUAGCCAAUAACUAACAAGUUGCUUAUUGAGGUGCUAGGACUGAGACUUGUUUUGAAUCACCGCCUGUGCUACUGCAAAUUUACUGCAUCCAUAAACUACAAUGAGAGUUCCAUAAAUCCUAUUCCAUUGUUAGUUCAUCCUGCUCCCCGAGAGGGAGAUUCUAGGACUGUAGCUGUCUGUUGGUCAAUAUCACCAAAUGCACCUCAGGUACCAUACUACAGUGCCACCUGUCUGAUAUGAAAAGGGUUGCUGUGGCUACAGUCUCACCUAAUGCAUAGUGUUGAUGAACAAGUACAGUAGCCUGCCCUCAUAAUGAAGACCUUGGUAGAUAAGAACAGACAGUCCCCCAACAGAAACUUUCUGUAACUUUUUCUCCCUUAAUUAAAUUUAAAAAAAAUCUAGAUAGACCUCAAACUUGUCAUAAGAGAAAAACACCAUUAGUAGGAUCUUUGAAAGAGUUGGCUACAGUAUUUAUAUACAUUUUUAACAGCACAAUAUUUAACUUUUUUAUAUCAAUUUAGUUUUUGAUAAUUUAUUUUCUUUUCUAAAUUAUUUUAUCUUUCAAAAAUAUUUUUUCUAAUUUGAAGUAUUUGUUUUGCCAAGGUUGUGGAGUUAACAAAAGAAUAAAGUAAUUGUACUGCAGGGACAUCACAAGCCCCCUAAGAGCUAGCAUUAAUAUGCUCUGUAUCAAAAUGUACUGCAAAGAUUUGGUAUAGAAUGCAUUUCAAACUUUGUAGAGUGUGCCCUGUGUACAUCAGAAAGACAUUGUAGAAAAUAAGAGCUUCACCACCUUAACCCUUUACUGCACUGUGUGGCUUAUACGAAAUGUGAUGCUCUCUUUUUAGACUUUUGUUUUUGGAUUUUCAUUUGGGUUGUAUGUAUAUAUAUAUAUAUAUAUAUAUAUAUAUAUAUAUAUAUAUAUAUAUAUACAGUGCCUUGCGAAAGUAUUCGGCCCCCUUGAACUUUGCGACCUUUUGCCACAUUUCAGGCUUCAAACAUAAAGAUAUGAAACUGUAAUUUUUUGUGAAGAAUCAGCAACAAGUGGGACACAAUCAUGAAAUGGAACGAAAUUUAUUGGAUAUUUCAAACUUUUUUAACAAAUAAAAAACUGAAAAAUUGGGCGUGCAAAAUUAUUCAGCCCCUUUACUUUCAGUGCAGCAAACUCUCUCCAGAAGUUUGAAAUAUCCAAUAAAUUUCGUUCCACUUCAUGAUUGUGUCAAGGUCGCAAAGUUCAAGGGGGCCGAAUACUUUCGCAAGGCACUGUAUGUAUAUAUAUAUAUAUAUAUAUAUAUAUAUAUAUAGACACACACACACACACACACUCACUGAUAAAUUGGUGAUUUGUGGUUGUUUUUACACAGCCACAUAGUUUUAAUUGUUUAAUUGAGUCAUUGUUUUAUUGAUUUAAUAGAAAAGUGUGGAAUGUGGCCAGGUGAUAAUUGAAUUAUUGACUGUCAAUUAGUCCUGGCCACACACUGGACAGUGGCUCCUCCCAUUUAGCUCUGGAGAUGACAGUGGCUCCUCCUCUUUAGCUUUGGAGAUGACAGCGGCUUCUCCCCUUUGGCUCUGGAGGUGACAGCGGCUCCUCCCUCUGACUAUGGAGAUGGCAGUAGCCCUUCCCUCUGGCUAUGGAGACGGCAGCUACCCCACUCCUUUUGGCUCUGGAGACAGCGGUGCUUCUCCCCCUGGUUCUGGAGACAGCAGGGCGGUGCCUGUAUUUAUUUUCAUACAAAACACAAAAUAAAAAAAACAAAACAAAACCUAACUACGUCACGGAGUGCUAACUAAACUUUUACAAGUCCUAGCUAUAAACUGGAUGGCUAAGCCGUUUAACAUAAAAGUAUCACAAUACCUUUCAGGUCUGUCCCCCACUGGCCUUAGCCUUCAUACAGACACAAACCAAACAUUUCACACCUGUUUAUAUAGGGUGGCCAGGGGUAAUUCACAAUCAAUAAUUAAAUACCUGCCUAAUUCUACACUUCUCUAUUAAAUCAAUAAAACAGUGAAUCAAUUAAAUAAUUAAAUUAUGUGGUUGUGUAAAAAAUACCCAUUUAUCAGUGUGCAGGGCCACCUUUGACCAUUGUUCCAUAGUCCAAUUUCUGUGUUCUUGUGCAUUUUUUAGCCUUUUAGUCUUAUUCCCCUUUCUUAACAGAGGUAUUCUUACAGCAACACAUCCUUUAAGUCCUGAUUUCAAGAGUGACCUUGGUACUGUUGAUUUGAUGGACAACGACACCUGUGCCUUCUGCCAGUUCUGUUGUCAAUUCAACGCUUGUCUUCUUUCUAUUCCUUAAGGAUAUUAUCUUCAAGUAUUGCUCAUCCUUGUUAGACAGCUCUUUGGGUCUUCCAGUCCUGGGUUUGUCAAUUACAGAUGAUGUUUCUCUGUACUGGUUGAUUAUGCUUCGGAUACCACACCUUGAAAAUUGAGUGAUGCAAGCUAUUUCAUUCAGUGUUUUGCCUUCUUUAUGCAAGUCAAGGUUGUUAUAAUAGUAGAAAACACUAGUGGAGGCUUUGAGUAAAUUAUUGAUGCUCAUAAUGCAUCAGAGUAGAAAAAUGCAACAUGUCUAAGACUUUUGCACAGCAGUGUACAGUACCGUGAAAAAGUAUUUGCCCCCUGUCUGAUUUUCUGCAUUUUUGCAUAUUUUUGACACUGAAUGUUAUCAGAUCUUCAACCAAAACCUAAUAUUAGAUAAAAGGGACCCUGAGUGAACAAAUAACACAGAAAUUGAUACAUAUUUAAUUUAUUUAUUAAAGAUAGUUAUGCCACACCCAAUGCCCCUGUGUGAAAAAGUAAUCGCCCCUUAGACUCAAUAACUGGUUACGCCACCUUUAGCAGCAAUAACUGCAACCAAACGCUUCCUGUAGUUAUUGAUUAGUCUCUCACAGCGCCGUGGAGGAAUUUUGGCCCACUCCUCCAUGCAGAACUGCGUCAACUCAGUGACAUUUGUGGGUUUUCGAGCAUGAACUGCUCGUUUCAGGUCCUGCCACAACAUCCCAAUGGGGUUUAAGUCUGGACUUUGACUAGGCCAUUCCAAAACUUUAAAUUUCUUGUUCUUCAACCAUUCUGAUGUAGACUUGCUUGUGUGUUUUGGAUCAUUGUCUUGCUGCAUGACCCAGCUGCACUUCAGCUCACGGACAGAUGGCCUGACAUUCUCCUGUAGAAUUCUCUGAUACAGUGCAGAAUUCAUGGUUCCUUCAAUGAUGGCAAGGCGUCCAGGUCCUGAUGCAGCAAAGCAUCCCCAAACCAUGACACUACCACCACCAUGCUUGACCGUUGGUAUGAGGUUCUUACUGUGGAAUGCAGUGUUUGGUUUUCACCAGACAUAACGGGGCCCAUGUCGGCCAAAAAGUUCCACUUUUGACUCAUCUGUCCAUAGAACAUUGUUCAGAACUCUUGAGGAUCAUCCAGGUGCUUUUUGGCAAACUUGAGACGAGCAUUCAUGUUCUUCUUAGUGAGCAAUGGUUUCCACUUUGUUACUCUGUCAAGAAUCCCAUUUUUGCCCAGUGUCUUUCUGAUGGUGGAGUCAUGAACACUGACCUUAGCUGAGGCGAAAGAGGCCUGCAGAUCCCUGGAUGUUGUUCUAGGGUUCUUUGUGACUUCCUGGACGAUUUUACGCCUUGCUCUUGGAGAGAUUUCGGCACGACGGCCACUCCUGGGAAGAUUCACUACUGUCCCAAACUUUCUCUAUUUGGACAAUAUGGCUCGGACUGUGUUUCGGUGGAGCCCCAGAGCCUUAGAAAUGGCUUUGUAACCCAUUCCAGACCGAUAGGCAUCAACAACUUUUUUCCGGAGGUCUUCAGGAAUUUCUUUUGUUUGUGGCAUGAUGUGCCUCUAGAACCUGUGUGCUGACAACUUCACUCUGAUGGUAAGGGCCAAAGUUAGUCAGAUUUAUAUUGGGCAGGGCUGGCCCAAAACAGGCCUGGUUGUUAACCAAAGUACUCAAACAGCUGACCCUAAUUAUUCCUUUAAUUGGGUUGAGUUAACUAGGUGGAGCAAUAACUUUUUCACACCUGAAGAUUGCAUGUUUGAUUAACUUGCACACCAAACAAAUGAAAGAAGCACCAAAUUUUGGUGUCAUUUUUUCUGUCAGACUCCCUCUAUAUACUACUACAACCCACAAAAAGAUUUGACCAAAUACAAUGUGAAAAAUGUGCAAAAAUGCAGAAAAUCAGACAGGGAGCAAAUACUUUUUCAUGGUACUGUAUAUAUAAGAACAUAAGAACAUAUAUAUAUAUAUAAAAAAUGUCCACCCUCAAUGUCAUUCCAGCAGGAAAGGGUGUUAGAAAUUCCAGUAGAGCAGCGGUGCUUUUACACUGACCAGAGCUGGCUAUGCUGGUUGGGACUGAUUACAGCUGGCUUGUAUUCCUGUGCUAGGUUUGGAGAGUGCAGGAGAAAAAAAAUGUAAUUUGCACAAGAUGGAGUAAAAAAACCAUUUGAAUCAAAGAUAAAUUCAACAUUAAAAGAGACAAUAAGAAAAGUGUUGUGUAUAUCACAAGUAUCCAGUUACCAACUACCCCAGAUGAUUGUCAGUAAUUGCUACAUUUUGUUUAGCUGGGUUACAUGAGUAACAAGAAAUGCUUAGUUUGGGACAGACAUGUUCAAGUUUCCUGAAGCAGGCGUGGGCAACAUUGACCUUUUUGUCCAAUUCUUUGUUCCAAUGAUGUUCCAAAGUGCCAUUUAAACCUGUAACCAUGCCCUAAAGUAUUUCAUUUGACCUAUUAUCCUGAGCUUGCCCACUUCACUGCUCCAAAGUUAGGAAUGUUGCAGUUGAAAAGCAAAGAGAACUUACUGAUACAGUAGUUAUAUGUCAAAUAAAUAAAUAAAUAAAUACAGCAAUGCAAUUUAAAAAAAUAGGAAAAUAAAUGUCCAGCACAGUGGAGACAACAAGUAUAAAUGUUUGAUAUUGUAUUAAUUGACUGCUAGUGUUUCUAAGAGCCCUGCUACUUGCAAAUAGAUUUGAUGCUAAGAAUUACCACUAUUACAUCUUUAAGCCUCCAGUCAAUGCACACAGCUUGGGAGUCAUUACGCUGUAGGUUGAGGGUGAGGCAAUUGUAUUAUGUUACUGACAGAUCGACUUAAAGUUAAUUCUCAAUACAGUUUAAUCUCUGCUUGAAGGGUUUGCAUCUGUGCUGUACAUACCAUACUGUUAGCCUCAAUAACCCUGACGGUGUUACCAAGCAAUGUAUAGCGUAUUACAAGGGAAUGAAAGAAACAGUUCCCUUCCUUUUACUGACUCAAUGUGUACAGUACACAUGCGUUUGCAUUGUAGCAGCAGCCAUAAAAAUCGAGGGUAUUGCUAUAGAAACCAGUGUAGGCCUGUCAUUUUAGUAGCCUAGUGUUGCUGUAACACUGAUUAAUUUACUAAAAAAAAUACUGUUUAAUGAAGUAUUUGUUUUAAACACAUUUGAAUGAAAUGAGAUGAAAUGGGUCUGUCUAUUAAAUCUGAUACCCUGUACUCCUUGGCAUGUUGUUUUGAGAACUAACACUUUUCCUUUGGUUUCCAGUGGGGUUUGGAUACUUUUGAUGUCAGGGGUUUACAAAGCAACUUAGAAGGUUUUCAACCCUUCAGGUUCGAAUGACCCAACCCUUCUAAUCAACCACAAUUCACACGAAGAGGCUUCUUUAUCAUGUUUUAUUUGUAUAAAGUAGUGUUCCAUGUCAGAGUGCUAGUUUGCCCCAUCGCUUCCUUCACUUUUUUGGUCUCAGCAAGAACGGUUGAUGAAGAAUUCUUAUUGCAGGACAAACCAUUACCCAGAUGAGACAUCAUAGCACAUCUGUUUAAUAGCCAUUUUAUCUCUGCAUUAAAGGUUUGUACAGUAUGUUGUAGAACAAUAAGAUUAUUUUAUAAAGGUGUCUGAAACAUUAGGCCUAACAUUAAAGAACAAGACAAGAGAUGCAAACUUAAGUAUAGUAGUAGAUUUAUCUUUAAUAAAAUGCAAUUGAGCCUGAAAUGCCAGGGCAAUCUGAGACAAGAAAUCUCUUGUAUUAGCACUUCCUGUUGGAGCAAUGAAUGUAAAGGUAUUCACAGCCCUUUCAGUAAUAUUAUUCAGUGCACUGCUACUGUAUAUUAAAUGUGGAAACUUUUACUGUGUGGUUGUAAUUCUCUACUGUAUACGUAUGAAGACAUACAGGGUCAGUAUUGAGAGCGGGACGGUUACAAAACCCAACAUUUUAAGUCCACUUGAAUGCUGUUUCCUUCGGCUGAGUCCUGCACUUCAUUCAUAAUUGUAAACCAUAAAUAGUAAACCUUG